AAUGAUGAUUAUAAUAUUCAUUUUACGCUGAAAUCUGCUGCAUCAAAAGGUCACAUUGAGACUUUUAAAUAUUUAGAAAAAUUGGGACAAAAGAAAAACUUUCAUACUUAUAUUGGUGUAGCAACUGAAAAAAAUCAUUUAAAAAUUGUAGAAUAUUUAUGGCAAAACUAUCGUGAGUUUACUACCACAGAUGAUGGAAUUACUGCAUUACAUUAUGCAAUAGAGCAUGGGAACAUGGGAAGUAUUGAAUAUUUAUGUGACAACGGGGCAAAUGUUAAAAAUGCUGCUAAGGAUGAUAGUACUCCUCUUCACUAUGCAGCUAAAGAAAAGAGAUUAGACGUAAUAAAAUAUCUAGUAAGCAAAGGGGCAAACGUUAAUAUUUCUGAUAAGGGUGGAAUGACUGUUUUGGAUUAUGCUUGGAAACGAAGCAGCACGAUACGUGCUGUGUCGUUCCAAAAGAAUGAACUAGGAACAAUAAAAUAUCUUAUAACGGAGUGCAAUGCUAAUUUUGGAGUUCGUGCUCCUAUAAAUAUUGCUACAGCGAGAAAAAUUGUCCACAAAACACAAGAUAAUGUAAAUAUUGCUGAGAAAAAUAGUGAAACUUUACUGCACAUUGCAGUUAAAUCAGAUGAGCUACUAUCAGUAAGAUUUCUUCUUAAACAAGGAGCUGAUGUUAAUGCUCGGAACAAUGACGGAAGAACGCCAUUGCAUUUGGCUUUAGAGUCGCGUUUUACUGAUAUUGCAAGAUUACUAUUACAAUACGGUGCUAUGUACGAUGCACGCGAUAGAAAUGGAAAAACACCUCUUGAUUUAUUUGGAAACGUUUUGGAAUUUGAUUAUUUAUUCAACGUGAUUGACAGCUUAUUGAAUAGUAAAAACUUGAUGCAGGAUUUAAAAAAUAAAUUGUUGAAAGACAAACAACAUGGAGGUGAGUGGGAUUCUCAUGCAUUUGAUUCAGGAAACCCUAUGAUUUUUAUUAUUAAUGCUCGAAAUGCCCAAGGAAAAACUUUAUUACAUGUAGGUGCUGACCAAAAUGAUUUUGAAGCAAUUAAAUGUUUAUUCGAAUUCAACCAGGAUUAUCUCAAGAUAAGGGAUCAGCUUUCCCAUGCCAAAGAUUAUCAUUCCAUGGAUUUAACGGCAAAAGAUUCUCGAGGAGAUACCCCAUUGCAUCGUGCAGCACUGCAUGGUAAUAGAGAAAUAGUUGAUCUUCUUUUAAGAGAAGGGGCAGAUUUCAGUGUUAAAAAUAAUGAAGGCUAUAGUCCUGAGAAUCUUGCUAGGAAUAAUAAUCAUAAUGAUGUUGUUGAGUUACUUCAAUCAACUAAAGAUUUAUUUAUUGCUAUAGAAGGAAGUAAUAUACUAGAGGUUAAAAAUUGUAUCAGUAGAGGAGCGUAUAUUGAUGCUAAAGAUAAAGAUGGUAAAACACCAUUACACUGGGCUGCUAGAAAGAAUCAAGAAGAGAUUUUUAAUAUAUUAUUGAAAAAUGGUGCCACUUUUACUGCUGAAGACAUACAAGAUGAGACACCAAACGAAUUUGAGGGGAAACAAAGUAUAAAUUUACUCGAUGCAAUCAAUAAAACUUUUAAUGGCGUACAGAGGAAUGAUCCUGAGUCAGUUCUUGAUUACUUGCAGAAAAUAAAGCAUUACAAUGUUGAUUACCUAGGCGUUCUUAUCAACACUUGUGAUAAGCAAGGCAAUACUCUUUUACACUAUGCUGUUCAAGAGGAUUAUUUUGAUGUUAUACAAUUUUUAUUAGACAAUAAAGCAGCUUUUAAUGUAGUAAAUGAACGGAAUAAAACUCCCAGAGAUCUUGCUCUUCAUCGAGAUAUUUUUAAUUUACUAGAAUUUAUUGAUCGAUUGUUUUCAAAUAUGCGUGAUGCAAUUGAAGUUCAUUAUAAAAAGAAACUUAUUUAUAGUUUGAAGGAGAUAGAAGAAGACCCUCGAAAAUUAAAAAUUAUUACAAAUGUUCGUGACAGAAGUGGCGAAACAAUAUUACAUAAAAAUUUAAAUUGUUAUAUACUAAAGUUUUUGGUGAGGAAUGGAGCUGAGAUUAAUGCUGUAGAUAAAUAUGGUAAAACACCAUUGCAUCGGGCUGCCUAUAAAGGUCAGUUAGAGCUAGUAAAAUUGUUGAUAGAGCAUGGAGCUAAUAAAAAUGCUAUAGACGAUCAGGGUUGUACUGUUCUGCAUGAAGCUGUCUCUUCUGGACAGUUGGAUCUGAUUACAUGGUUGGUGGGAAAACAAGGAGCUAAUAUGUAUACUAAGAAUAAAUAUGGCCUCCCACCGAUAUAUUUCGCAAAACAAAAGGGUCAUAAAGUUGUUGAACUUUUGCUAGAAUCAUCCACAAUAUAUCGGUGUUCGAGCAAAGAAAUAAUAGAUUCGAAAGAGCCUCCAAUUCAACGACAGGAUAGUGAAUCGGUAUCAUUUUUAGCUUGUUCAGCAAGUGGCCCUAGUAGCACCUAGAACAUGAAGAAGAUACAGGCAAAGAAAAGGUUGUGAGGAUAACGAAAUAAUAACAAAAAUGUUGUUCAAUUUUUGCGAGGAUCCUCCACAAGUUGUUAUUGUUCAAGCAGUGAGUAAA